AUGAUGAGCCAUAAUGACGAUAUUUGUGUGUAUUCAAGAUCUAUAGAGGAUCUACCUGAAGAAAUUUUAUUACGCAUUUUUCGAUCUCUUUUACCAUAUAAAGAUUAUGCGUCGAUUCGACUUGUAUGUCGACAAUGGGAAAGACUUUGGCGUGUGAUUAAAAGUUGGCGUAUGAAUACUUUCUAUGAUAGUUUAUCUUUAUCAACGUCAUCAGUUUCAAUUCAUUGGCAUCUAAUUGAUCCACCAGCAAAGUUUAAUUUAACGCCACGUUUUUCACAUUCAGUUUGUUAUGUCGAUUCAAAACGGAUGUUAUAUGUAUUUGGUGGUAAUCGAGAUAUGGCUACAUCACUUAAUGAUUUUUGGAGUUUGGAUUUAUCAACAAGAAGUUGGGAAAGAAUUUUAGCAACAGGAAGUUAUCCACCACCAAAAUGUUCAUCAACAUUUAUUGACGAUGAACAAGGUAAUUUAAUAUUAUUUGGUGGGCGUUCUAUGAUUUAUAUUGAUGAUAUACAUAUGAGAAAACAACUGCAUAAUGAACUUCAUGCAUAUUCAUUAGAAAGAAAUUCGUGGAAGUUACAUGUAAAUUUUAAUGAACCUGGUCCUAUUUGUGGCCAUAGUGCAUCGAUGGUGACUGUAAAUAAUCAAAAACGAAUGAUUAUUUUUGGUGGAUGUACUCUAACAAACGAUCAAAGUCAACAAGCAACACCUCAAAGUACAAACGAUUUGUGGCAAUGGACAGAUAUUCAAACAAAUACUUGGACAAUGAUUCAUGUUGAUGGAAUCAGACCAGAACCAAGAGAAGGUCAUUCUCAAUUUACAUUAAAUUCUGAAAAUAUUUUAAUUGUUGGAGGUUCAUCUUUAACUCGUGUUUGCCGUGAUGUAUGGAUGUUUUCUUUUCAAACAAAUCAAUGGACACAAAUAGCAGUUAAUAAUCAAUAUCCGAAUGAUUUUGCACCGAGUAACGACGAUUUAUCUUAUUUACCAUUUUGUAUGAUAUCCCCAUCGAAUAUUUUAAUAACAUUUGGUCGAUUAAAACGACAUCCAACUGAACAUGAACGUCAUGCAUACAGUCAAUAUGAUUUUUCUCAUUGCGAUAAAAGAAGUCGUGAUGACGUCUUAACUGUUUCAUCAUCUUUUCCAAGCAGUUCAAGUGAUGAAAAUGAUGAAAGAAAUCGUUGUUCAACAACAUCUAAACGAUCCCAAUUACCAUAUAUUAACAAUAGAUAUAGUAUGAUGGAUUUAUCAAGUGGUUUUCAAAUGUAUCGACUUGACUUAUCAAAUAUAUUUUCAUCGAAUCCAUGUGUUACAUGGUUACCAUCAAAAUGCACAUCUGUAUUUGGUAGUCCAUCACAUUCGUCACUUUAUUAUUCUUUAAUAUAUACUCGAAGUGAACUUAUUCUUUUCGGUGGUAUAGAGAAAAGAAAAUUAAAUUUAAGAAGAGAAUUCUCAGAUAAAGACAAUCGAUUUCGAUCGAAAUCAAGCGGCACACUUGCUUUCAUUACAAUAUCAAAUAUUGCUCUGUAG